AUGGGUCUGGCCUGUGGGCAGGAUCCAGAAAUUGUCAAAACGAUUUGUAGCUGGGUGAGGAAGGCAGUGAAGAUACCGUUCUUCCCUAAAAUGACUCCCAACAUCACUGAUAUCCGUGCGAUCGCUCGAGCUGCCAAAGAAGGAGGAGCUGAUGGGGUUACCGCCACGAACACGGUAUCAGGACUCAUGCAUAUGAAGGCUAAUGGAACCGCGUGGCCAGCAGUUGGAAUGGAAAAAAGGACAACAUACGGUGGAAUGUCUGGAUCGGCUAUUCGGCCCAUUGCUCUCAAAGCAGUAUCCGCUAUUGCUAAUGAUCUGGAAGGAUUCCCUAUAAUGGCAACCGGUGGUAUAGAAAGUGCUGAAACGGGCUUAGCAUUCCUAUCUGCCGGUGCUUCUGUCCUUCAGGACGUGAUUGGCUCCGCUCUUCCACGGAUUGGGCCUUACGUCACUCUAGACAACCAGCUCCAAAAAGUCGCCCUCAUUGAUGAUGACAUGUGCAUCAAUUGUGGAAAGUGCUAUAUGGCCUGUAAUGAUUCGGGUUACCAAGCCAUUUCCUUUAACAAAGAAACUCAUGUACCAAAAGUAAAUGAAGAUGAUUGUACUGGUUGUACCCUAUGUUACAGUGUCUGCCCUAUCCCAGAAUGUAUUCAAAUGGUACCGAGGAAAGGUCCAUGGAAAGCUCCAUAUCGUGGAGUGAAGCCUGCAUUUGAGCCGGGAACUCCUCGCGUUGUAAAAGUUAACACCAAUGGAAAGGUUAUCUUAGAAAAUUAG